AUGGGCAGCGAAGACCACAUAGUGAUGCUCCCUUUCAUGGCGCACGGCCACCUGAUUCCCUUCCUCGCUCUGGCGAAACAGAUCCGCGCCCGAACUGGGUUCAUCGUCACCAUCGCCACCACCGGGCUCAACGCCCAAUACCUCCGAUCAAGCCUCGCCUCCUCCGACUCCGACAACGACACCAUCCGCCUCGUCGAGCUCCCUUUCUCCGGUGCCGACCACGGCCUCCCCCCUGGAGCCGAGAACUCCGAGAAUCUCCCCUUGGACUUGAUCGUCAACCUCUUCCACGCCUCAACCGCCCUCCAAACCCCAACCCACGACCUCGUGUCGAAAAUCACGGCGGAACAGGGCGGCCGGCCGCCGCUCUGCAUAGUCUCCGACGUCUUCUUCGGAUGGGCGAACGACGUCGCGGAGGCAACCGGGACCAGGAAUUUCACUUUCUCCACCGGCGGAGCUUACGGCACCCUGGCCUACGUCUCCAUCUGGACGAAUCUGCCUCACCGGAAUCUCACCGACUCGGAGGAAUUUUCCGUGCCCGGAUUCCCCGAUAAUCGCCGAUUCCACAUCACCCAGCUGCAUCAAUUUCUGAGGAAGGCCGAUGGGGAAGAUCCGUGGUCGAAAUUCUUCCAGCCCCAAAUUUCCAAAUCCCUAGAAAAAUCGUACGGAUGGCUCUGCAAUUCCGUGGAAGAAAUCGAACCCCUAGGAUUCGAACUCCUCGGGAAGUAUUCAAAUCGUCAGAUCUGGGGGAUCGGCCCUCUGUUACCCCCAGAAAUUCUUCGGAAAUCGGGUACUACUACCAAAGUCCGGCGGCAAUCGGGGAAGACGCCGGGGGUUUCUGCGGAGAAGUGUAUCGAAUGGCUCGAAUCCCACGAACCUGGUUCGGUUCUGUACAUCUCGUUCGGAUCCCAGAACAGCAUCAACCCACAGCAGAUGAUGGAGCUCGCGGCGGGGCUAGAAGAACAGAGCGUGGUGUCUUUCCUAUGGGUGAUCCGGCCGCCGAUCGGGUUCGACCGGAGAUCCGAGUUCCGAUCCGAGUGGCUGCCCGAUGGGUUCGAGCGGCGGAUGGAGGAAACCAAGAGGGGUCUGCUUGUACGGAACUGGGCGCCGCAGCUGGAGAUUCUUUCCCACGAUUCGAUCGGCGGGUUUCUGAGCCACUGCGGGUGGAACUCUGUUCUCGAGAGCUUAAGCCAGGGGGUUCCGAUCAUCGGAUGGCCGCUGGCGGCGGAACAGGCGUUCAAUUCGAAGCUGCUGGUGGAGGAAAUGGGCGUCGCGGUCGAGCUGACGAGAGGAGCUGGGGGAGAAUUGGGGAGGGAGAGAGUGAAGGAAGUUGUUGAGAUGGUGAUGGGGAAGAAUGAGAAAGCAGAGGAAAGGAAGAGGAAAGUUGUUGAUCUUUCUGAACACAUGCGGGCGGCGAUUAGAGAUGAUGGUGAGAAGGAGGAGGAGAAGGGUUCUUCUGUCAGAGCUAUGGAUGAUUUCGUGGCGACCAUUUUCAGAAAGUUGUAA